CUCCUUUUUUGGGUCCCCGCAUUCCUAAUUCGGCUGCCAUCUCCGAAGGCUGGCGGCUCAAAGAGACCAUCUCCUUUUCGUUAAAACGCAUCCCAGUCCCGGUGGAAGCAGAUAAGAAGAGAUCAACAGGAUUCCUGUUUUCUUACCUUGUGACUGAGUCCACCUCACAGAGAUGGAUUUCCAGCAUCGAGCCGGAGGGAAGACCGGCAGCGGCGGGGUGGCCUCUGCCUCUGAAAGUAACCGUGACAGGCGGGAGCGGUUGCGUCAGCUGGCCCUGGAGACUAUUGAUAUCAAUAAAGAUCCCUACUUUAUGAAAAAUCACUUAGGAUCAUAUGAGUGCAAACUUUGUCUGACCCUUCACAACAAUGAGGGAAGCUACUUGGCUCACACACAAGGAAAGAAACAUCAGACUAACUUGGCACGAAGAGCAGCCAAGGAGGCAAAAGAAUCUCCUGCACAACCAGCUCCAGCAAAACUGAAAGUUGAGGUCAAGAAGUUUGUCAAAAUUGGUCGACCAGGCUAUAAAGUGACCAAACAGAGGGACCCAGAGAUCGGCCAGCAGUCCCUACUAUUCCAGAUUGAUUAUCCAGAAAUUGCUGAGGGAAUUGGACCCCGGCACCGUUUCAUGUCUGCUUAUGAACAGCGCAUUGAGCCGCCUGAUCGCCGCUGGCAGUACCUGCUUUUUGCUGCAGAGCCAUAUGAAACAAUUGCGUUCAAGGUACCCAGCAGGGAGAUUGAUAAAGCAGAAACCCGCUUCUGGACCCAUUGGAACAAGGAGACUAAACAGUUCUUCUUGCAAUUCCACUUUAAAAUGGAGAAAGCCAUUUCUCAGUCAGGUAAUCUACUACCUCCUGGUAUGAAACACCCCCCUCCUCUAAUGAGCGGACCUCGCCAACCAGGUGACAAUAUGCCUCCUCCACCUGGAGGGAUGUCGGUUCCUCCUCUUCCACCCGGGGCUUCAGGCCCUCCGCCAAUGCCGCAUCAGAUGCCCAUGCCUCCCAUGCCGAUGAGACCGCCCCCUCCAGAGGGCCUCACAUUAUCCUGAUCAGGAUGCUAGUGGUGCUGAUGUCGAUGUCCUGACCUUUUCCAGUUUCAUUUGACCAUUUGGAGGAUUUAUUUUCCCAUUACAAGUAUCUAUUAUUUGGGGGGGGAUGUGGAGGCUUUUAUGCCCUGAAAACGUUUGUUUUGUUAGGAUUUUAUGCUACGAUGGAAGUUGCAUCUUGUGCGUUUUUGUAAUUAAAUUGACCAGAAAAUCUGAAAAACGUAAA